AUGGAAACUGACUAUCUGAAGAGGUGCUUUGGAAACUGCCUUUCCCAGGCACUGGCAGAGGUGGUGAAGAUUCGGCCCAGUGACCCCAUAGAGUACCUGACUCACUGGCUUUAUCAUUACAGGAAAAUCACUAAAGCCAAAGAAGAGCCACUGGUAUGUGUCGCUGGUCCUGCAAAGAAGACCAUAUUCCUGCAGAACACAAAACCCCUUGAAAAGGAGUCCUUGCAGCAGGAACGCCUGUCAAGUACUUCCAGUGUGAUCCCAGCAAUGCCUCAACAGCCUCCUCCUUCUGACUCAUCUGGCCAGGCUGACUAG